GGCGCGAAGGAGUUAAGCGGGGCGGCGAGUGACAUCACCUCAUUUACAUAGGAGCGCGCAUAUAGCGGCGCUCGCCGAGCCCCUCCCGACAAUCGGCAGCAGCCUCUGAGCAGAUCGGACUCUCCUUGUUCGUGAACCUCACUCGCUCCUUCCGGCAACCAUGUCUGACAAGCCCGAUAUGGCUGAGAUCGAGAAAUUCGAUAAGUCGAAAUUGAAGAAGACAGAAACGCAAGAGAAAAAUCCUCUGCCUUCAAAAGAAACGAUUGAACAGGAGAAGCAAGCUGGCGAAUCGUAAUGAGGCGAGCGCCGCCAAUAUGCACUGUACAUUCCACAAGCAUUGCCUUCUUAUUUUACUUCUUUUAGCUGUUUAACUUUGUAAGAUGCAAAGAGGUUGGAUCAAGUUUAAAUGACUGUGCUGCCCCUUUCACAUCAAAGAAUCAGAACUACUGACCAGGAAGGCCUCCCCUGCCUCUCCCACCCAUCUGCUGGUCUGGCUGGCAGAGAGGGGAAAGAACUUGCAUGUUGGUGAAGGAAAAAGCUGGGUGGGAGAUAGUGAAAUAUAGAGUAAAAUUCAAGAUGGUCCAAGGUGUCCUGCAGGAUGUAAAAUGCAGUUUAAUCAGAGUGCCAUUUUUUUGUUCAAACGAUUUUAAUUAUUGGAAUGCACAAUUUUUUUAAUAUGCAAAUAAAAAGUUUUAAAACCUG